GGCAUAUUUUCUCAAUUCUAAUUCAAAACAUAAUAUUAUGACAAAGUACCAAAAUAUGAAAGCCCUACUAUUCUGCACAUCCUAUUAUUUUUACAAACCUACUAAGUUAGAUUUAUAAAGUUAAGAUUGGUAAAUUUGGAGUUCCAUUGAGAUCAUGGUUAAAUUUCUAAAUCCCAAGCAUAGAGAUGGACUACAGCACACACAACUUAAGUACUGGUUACUAAUUUAUAGUCUUUAAAGGUUAGCCUUUACUUUAUCACUAAAGGAGUGCUUCCUUCUUCGGUUGGCAACGAGGCAAUAUGCAGUCCAGCGACACCCCAUGGAAGAAGACAGCUAUACGGCGAAGAAGUCUUCCCCAAUUACCAUGACGAUUGUUUCCGGAACUCAAACGAUGCAUGACGGCAAUCAGCCGCAGUUCCAACUGCGCUACACGGGCAAACGUCUAGAAGGCAGAUCAACAGGACGUUUCAAAGGAAUUCCCUCGGUCUCAUUCACCCAAGAUGACAUAUCGGAGCUUGCAUCCAGGUUCAAACUGGCGCUUGUGGGGAAAUUUCAGAAACGGCCUUCUUUUUCCUCUAUGAACACAUUUUUUCAAAGACUUGGUCUAAAGGGUAGAGUGGACAUAUCUGUUCUUCCUCAUCAACGCUUUCUUCUAAAUUUUAGUUCAGAGGAAGACUACCUGCGCCUCUUCCUUAGAAGGACUUGGCAGGUUUUUGGUUUCUUCAUGACCCUCACCAAAUGGAGCCCCUCUCUGUCGCAAGAAUCUGAAAAUCCGGGGAUGCCUAUCUGGAUAGCUUUCCCUGACCUCCCCAUUCAUCUUCAUGAUAGGAGAGCUCUCCAUCUUAUCGCAUCUACCAUUGGUACCCCCUUACAGGUCGACUCUUGUACUUUAAAUUUCUCCAGGCCUGCUUUGGCUAGAUGCUGUGUGGAAGUUGAUAUUUCCAACCUCCCUCCUCCAAAGGUCUUGAUUAAUCAUGUUGGUGAGGAACUUAUUUUUUCCUUCAUCUAUGAGAAUGUUCCCUCCUACUGCAAGGAAUGCAGGAGAACAGGUCACCAGAGGGAAGCGUGCAUGGCAAAAAACUCUGAUCGGAAAAGGGAUGAACCACCGGAGAAAGAGGCCCUGGUUUCACAGGAACACAAACACACUGGAAAAUGGCAAGUAGUAACAUCCAAAAAAGGUAAGGCCAAGGUGACUGACAAUCUUGAGUGGCGGGCCAAGAAAACUGAUUUUUCUGAACACCCCAAGAAAACUAAUGCAACUUGGGUAGAAGGUCCAGGUGAAUCCUCCAAAAACCCUAUAGAGAUACCUGUUUCACCCACCCCACCACUUGUUGAGAAGGUUGGGAAAAAUGGGACCUACUGCAUUACGGACCCUUAUAUCCUAUCAACACUCACUUUACGUCAUGUGUAUGAAAAUGUGCUUAGGGCCCCCAUCAUCAGUGAUUCCCAGCAACUUGUGGACAACUCUCUAGCUAUUGUCCCGUUCCAGGAGAAUCAGUUCCUCUCUCUCCCUGAAGAUGAACCACCGGAAGUUGGGUUCUUCACUGAAGCAAAAGAAAUUGAUGAAAAUAUUCAACACCUGGAUUACCUACUUGCUAUAGAGGAGUUCCCUCCUUUGCCACCCCCUUCAGUUGGCAAGGAAACCCUAAGAAAGUCCAAAGCUCCCAGUUCCAAAACAAAAGAAAGAAGCCAUGCCAUGAUCACCAGACACAUGGCCUCAAGUCAGAAAAGGCAGAAGCCAUCCUUGAAAUGGAUGAAUCUGAAAAAAAACCUCAUGGAGUUCAAGCUAGCUACAGCCCUUCUGCAGCAAGCUUUGAAAAAAGAGGAAUGUUUUUGGGCCCAAAAGGCUAACAUCAAAUGGAUCUCCCAAGGGGAUGCUUCUACUUCUUUUUUCCACUCCUAUGUAAGGGGAAGAAGGAACAGACUACAUAUCUCCUCUUUAAAGGAUGGGAGAGGAAACAUCCAUACCACUUUUGAUGAGAUAGAAAGGAUAACAGUGGAGCACUACACAAAGGUUUUCUACUCAAUACAUGAAGGGGAUAUGGGAGAAAUCCUAAAUCUUAUUCCUUCUUGUGUAUCUGAUCAAGACAACACUUUGCUCAGUAGCAUCCCAGCUGAGGAAGAAAUUAAAAGAACCAUUUGGUCUUUAAAUGCCAAUAGCACAGCAGGAUCGGAUGGGUUUAAUGGCUUCUUUUUCAAGAACUCUUGGGACACUAUCAAAACUGAUGUGUGCAUGGCAGCUCAAGAAUUCUUCAUAGGUGUCCCUAUGCCUAAAGCCUUUGGCAGCACACUCAUAACCCUCAUCCCUAAAAAUGAAGCAGCCAUCACCCUGGACCAGUUCAGGCCCAUCUCCCUAUCAACUUUUUUCAGUAAGAUUAUUUCCAGGAUUCUGAGUGACAGACUUAAAUUGAUCCUUCCCAAGAUUAUCUCCCAGGAACAGGCUGCUUUUCAGGUUGGGAAGAACAUUACUGAUCAUGUCCUCAUGACAAAAGAGAUGGUUCACUUACUCUCUUCAAAUGCAAGAGGAGGGAAAUGCAUUAUCAAGUUGGACCUCUCUAAAGCUUUUGAUAAACUCUCAUGGAAUUAUUUGGAGGGAAUCCUUUCCAAAUUUGGUUUCUCUCAACAUACCAUACACCUGCUCAUGGGAAAUCUGAAGGCAACACAUUUCUCAGUGCUUAUAAAUGGUCAACCAAAGGGUUUUUUCCCCAUGAAAUGUGGAGUAAAGCAAGAGGUACAAGCUACUGACCCUAUAACCCUACUCGAGGGACUCCAUGAUUCCAACAGCAACCCUUCAAUUCCUGUCUUCCCAUCUUUAUCAGAAGCAAAGGAGUAUACUCGGAGGAUGAAAAUCAACAAGUCCCCAGAAUUACCAAAAGCCAAGGAAACUCCCUUCUCCUACAAGGCAAUGGAUGAUUGUCUAUUCAAGAGCCCUGAGAUUGAUCUUGGCAUCUUGCUGGAACCCCUGCAGGCAGAAGGCACAAGGAAAAAUAUUGACUGUAAAUUUCAAUUUGGAUACCACUCAGAGGGAGAAGAAACAGAAGUGCUAACCUCCCUUACCAAAACCUAUAAACUUGAUUUUGUUGCUGUUUUGGAACCUAUGAUUCAGGAACAUAAAGUCAAUACUACUAGAGUUCAGCUUGGUUUCUCUAAUUGUGCUUCAGCCCUUAACAACAAGCUUUGGGUUUUCUGGAAUGGGGAUAGAUUCAAACUAUUAUUCUUUCAAGACUUUGGUCAAAUGUACACCUGUCACUUCUGGGAUAAUAACCUCAGCACCAAGUGUAGCAUCACCUCAAUUUAUGGCAAACACACUGGAAGUCAGAGAAAGGAACUAUGGAAGGACAUCUCUGAUAAUGUUAUCAGUGAUCACCUUUGGAUUGUAGGGGGUGACUUUAACACUAUUUGCUCCCUUGAGGAGCACCAAGGCCUAACCACCCCCACCCUGGCAGACAUGGCAGACAUUACAGACUUCAAAGACUGCAUUGAAGCCAUCCCACUCAUUUGCCCAGCCUUUGAAGGAGGGCUCAAGGCUACACUUAAAAACUGGAGCAGGGAAACAUUUGGUGACAUCUUUGAAGCUGUAAAGGAAGCAGAAUGUAAAGCAAUGAAGGCACAAGAAGAGUAUGAACAGAAUCCAGUUGAUAUCUUGAGAUCCAUAGCCAACAAAGCUCAAGCUGAUCUAAUUGUAGCCACUAACAGAGAAACCCUCUUUUGGAAAAAGAAAGCUAAUAUUAAAUGGAUGGAAUUAGGGGAUCAGAAUUCUUCCUUUUUCCACUCUUAUGUCAAGAGCAGAAGAAGCAACCUCAAGAUCAGAAGCAUUACAGAUGGCAAUGGAAGGAAAAAAAUGGAGGUAGAGGAGAUCCGAAAGGCAGCAGAGGAUUACUUUAAACAGGUGUUCAGCACUCACAAAGAAGUUCAUGCUCAUCACAUCUUGGAAUAUAUCCCCAACCUCAUCACCCCAGAGGACAAUUUCAUGAUGGGCAGAAUUCCAGAUGAAGUAGAAAUCCAAAAAGCAGUUUGGGAUCUUAGUCCUACUAGCUCAGCAGGCCCUGAUGGAUUCAAUGGCAGCUUUUUUAGAGUCUGCUGGAGUAUCAUUAAAGAGGAUGUCAUCAAGGCCACUCAAGAAUUUUUCCUAGGAGUCCCUAUUCCAAUGGCCUUUGGAAGCACUCUCAUCACUCUGAUCCCUAAGAAGAAAGUCUGUAUUAUUGCGUGGAACCUAUGGAAAAUGUAUAAUGCCGCGAUCUAUAGUGACGAUAGACCCUCCAUAGCUACCGCGCACAACCAAAUCAAGAAGAUGAUCCAAGGCUGGUGCUGGAUUCACAGGAAGAAGAGUUGGGCAUUAAAGGAUCUGGAACUAUUUGACCUAGGGUUUCAAACUAUCUGUUUGAGCGGGAGAAACCUUCAGUCCUACCAUGGGGGAUGAGUUGCAGCUCGAGUACACAUUGGGUAACAUAUUAAGAGGAAGAGGCUACAUGGUUUCUGCUCAACGGGGAAAAGGCACACAGGUGAAUCUUCAAAGGAGGCGCGGGAGACUUUAGGCACCCUGAUUUUUAUUUUUAUUUAUGAAUUUCUUUAUGUGGGUUAUUAAUGUAAAUUUGCUCGGUGGUCCCUUGUAACUUUCGGGGUUCUGGUCUAGUCCCCCCCGAACGUGGUGAUAGUUUUUAAUAAAUUUUGGUAAGGGUU